UUUCUCAGUCAAACACAUAAAUAGACAGAGUCGUAAAUACAAACACAUACUGCACAAUGUGUGUGUGCCAUUCUGCAAUGCAAUAAAUGCGGGCGUCCACUUCCUCCGAUGCUUCUUCAGCUUCAUCUCUUUGUUUCUUACUGUCUGUGUUUUUUGGUCUCCUUGUCUCGCCCUCUUAACGAGUUCAAAUUGUUUUUGACUGGUUUCAAAGAUUCCAGCUCUUCAAGUCUCUCAGACUGAAUCUCUGAUCCGGUUUUCUCCACCAUUUUAAAAACCCACAAAUCUUCUGCGGGUUUCACACUGAUCUGAGCGGCAGAGCCGCCAUUGAAGCUCCGAGAACUUUGUUUACUAGGUUUUGGUGAGAACCCAGAACCUAAAGAGCUUUCAACUUUCUAGAAAACUGUGGAACUGAGCUGAAAACGAAGGAAGCAAUGGAGGGUAGGAUGAAGAAGUACUCACAAGUGAGUCCUGAGAGGGCUAAAGUGUGGACUGAGAAGUCGCCUAAGUACCAUCAGAAUCGCAAAGUCCCUGUGGUUUACUAUCUCUCUCGAAAUCGACAGCUUGAACACCCUCAUUUCAUGGAGGUUACUGUGACCUCUCCUCAAGGGCUCUACCUCAGAGAUGUGAUUAAUAGGCUUAAUGCUCUGAGGGGCAGAGGCAUGGCUUCCAUGUAUUCAUGGUCUUCUAAGAGAAGCUAUAAGAAUGGGUUCGUUUGGCAUGAUCUCUCUGAAGAUGAUCUGAUUCUUCCGGCCCAUGGAAAUGAGUACGUCCUCAAAGGUUCUGAGCUCUUUGAAGAAUCUAAUUCAGAUCGUUUUAGCCCCGUGGCAAAUAUAAAAAUCCAGAACUUGAAACAACUACCAGAGCCAGCAUCUUCUAGAAGCCAAGAUGAUUCUUCAUCCUCUUCGAGUUUGAAUGGAAAGGAAACAAAGCAUUCUCAAGAAGAUGAGCUCUCUCCUCCAGUUCAACGUCCUGAAGGCUCUUCCAGUGCGUCUCCAGAGUCUACAGUUGGAAAGAAUUCUUCUUGGGGGGGUUCUCUGAGCUUGACAGAGUACAAGGUUUACAAGAGUGACGGUUUAGCUGAUGCUUCUACGCAGACUGAAGAAAAUGUGAACAAACCUAAAGCUCAAGAAACAUGUACAAGGGGUGUUUCCACUGAUGAUGGGUCAUUAGAACCUGAUAGUAGUUAUUACCAAAACAGAGUUCCAUGUGAGAAAGAGAACUCUGAGAUUUGCAGUGAUUCGGUUUCUCCUCCUCCAUCUUCCUCUAGUGCAUCUUCAUCGGGUGGGAAGACUGAAACUCUGGAAUCACUUAUUAGGGCUGAUGCUAGUAAAAUUAACAGUUUUAGAAUUCUUGAAGAGGAAGACAUUCGAAUGACAAACAAUCCAAGGGCCAAGGCUACUAAUGUACUUAUGCAACUCAUCUCAUGUGGGUCAAUAUCAGUGAAGGAUCACAGUUUUGGUCUUAUUCCAACAUACAAACCCAGGUUUUCCCAUUCCAAAUUUCACUCCCCAUUAUUCUCCACUAAGGUAAUGUUGGGAGAGCUAGACUGCCUAUCAGACAAUCCAAGGCUAAGGGGUUUGAGAUUGGAAGAGAAAGAAUAUUUUAGUGGGAGCUUGAUUGAGACUAAAAUGCUCAAGGACGAAGAUGGACGCUCAGCUUUAAAACGAUCAUCUUCAUACAAUGCUGACAGGAGUUGUAGGAAGCCAGAUUCAGACAAAGAGGACAAAGAGGAGUCUACCUCAGGACGUUCAAAAUGCAUCCCAAGAUCAAUCAAGGCGUCACUCAAUAAGCAACCACGAAGUGAAUCUAUGAGAUCACCUAUUUCUGAUAAACCAAGGAACUCCUCAGAUGGAGUUGAUGGUGCACAAAUCAAUACCCACUGUGUAUCCAAUGGAGCUUGUAAAAGAAUCACAGAGCCUUCAUCUCUUAAAAAGCAAUCAAACAGGUUAGGUUCUUUUAGAGAAGAGAAGGAGAAGGUGAUCAAAAUCGAAGAAAGGCUUGCUUCAGGAGCUCGGGUUAUAAUCCAAUCGAGAGCACCGUUCGAUACUACCGCAGUUGGCAGCUCGUAGACAGCAAUGCUUAGGGAUAAAGUAAAUGGCUGAUUUUCAGGUCGUUCGAAUUUCAAAUGAUGUAAACUUGUUGGCGGGUUAAGGCAAAAAGAAAUUUUUUUUGUACAUCUGAAAAGUAACAAGAAAGGAGCAAAUCACAUAAUUUGCAAAGGGGAUGUGGGUUAGGUGUGGUCCUGGUGGGUGGACCCACUCCUGAGAUAUGGAGUUGGAUUUUUGGGUCAGGUUGUUCAAAUGGGGUUUUCCCUUUUUCUGCCCUGCUUUUAUUUCAGAACAGUUCCUCUUGCAGCAUGGCGCUGCUAUUAGCACCAAAGAUUUAUUUUAGGGUUUCAAAUUUUUCUGAGGAAAUCCCUUUUGGACUUGGA